AUGAUAUUCAAGCCAUUAAAGCAACUUCAAUUAUGGCUGGAAUCCAACAAGUCCAUGGGUGCUUAUGCAUUCCUGAUGAUACAACAGUGCCAAGGGAUGUUGGAUGAAAUGGCAGGAAGAUUAACGCCAGAUGGUGAAGAGAUUCUCCGAUCAAUCACUACAAUAUUCAAAAAUGAUAUGAAAGAAUAUGGUAGAAUUGAUUUGCUUCGGUUUGCUUUCGGCUUUACACCGUUAGCAAGGAAGAUAAUCAGAGACAAGAAGGGUUUUGGAGGAAAGACAAGCUAUCCACCUAUAAUGCAGUUGAAAGAUGUGCAAGUCCCAACGAUUCCUUCCCUGAGGAUCAUCAAUCGCGAGAUCACAUUUGAGAAACUCGGCGAAAUCCUUGAAGAAGAACGAACAGAACGUGUUGACGAGGUAGCCGAGCAUGAUGAAGAGAUCCAGCAAGCAGAAGAGGAACAAAUGCUUAACGACGAUCAUGCAGCUGAAACAAAUGCCGAUGGUUCGAGGAAUUCCUUGGUCUGGGAUGUUGUAGAUGAAGAGAUAAAAGAUCUAUACACAUUCAUGAUAACAAUCCUCAGACAAAGAGCAAUUGCCGAAUCAACAGUUGAGCCAACGAUCAAUAAAGACGAUAGAGCCAAGGAAUUGAGUGAUGCUUACGAUUUCUUCAUAGAGCAAGAUGAUUCCCAUCUUAUAAAUGGUCAUCAUCUUGCUCAAAAUGAUGGCAAGUUUUGGUACAUGAAUGGCAUAAAGCAACUAAAAGCAAUAAGACCAAUUGGAAAAAGGAUGAUGUCACUUUCGUGCAGUGAAGCAGAUGUAGAACGUGUAAUAUCUGAAUUGCGAAAGACAAGAAAUUCAAUGAACGAAUCAUGCAAAGAAGAAUAUGUAACAUGCCGCUUCUUCAUCAAGUUGAAUGAUGAUCAAUUUGAUAUUUGA